AUGUUUUCCGCAAACGCUGUGGUAAAGGCGGCGCAGAUUCUUUUGGAGGAGGAAGAGGAAGAUGACUCGUCUGAAAACGUUAUUACCAGACGAAUACGGAUUAACAGAGACCGCGAAGGAGCGCACGAGAAAUUGGUGAACGAUUAUUUUUCGGAUGCACCCCUUUACAAUGCCGACAUUUUCAAACGAAGGUUCCAAAUGAGUCGCCGGUUAUUCACACGGAUUGCUGAUGAUUUGGCGGGACUAGACCCGUUUUCAUGCAACGACCCGAUGCUCGGAAUUAUGAAGGGUUCACCACGUUACAAAAGUGUACUGCGGCCAUUCGCCAAAUGCAAACAAUAUUUGCGGAAACCAAACGCGUAUGAUGUUCAACAGUUGUACCAAGCUCAUGAAGCAAGGCACGGGUUUCCAGGAAUGCUUGGUAGCAUUGAUUGCAUGCAUUGGGCGUGGCAUAACUGCCCGACUGUGUGGCGAGGCCAAUACACGCGAGGUGAUCACGGCCAUCCAACCUUAAUACUUGAGGCCGUGGCGUCACAAGAUUUGUGGAUCUGGCAUUCUUUCUUUGGGCUCCCUGGUUCACUCAACGACCUCAACGUGUUAUACCAAUCGACGAUCUUUAGCGAUGUCGUUAAUGGAAUCGGUCCGGACACCCGUUUUACAGUUUCAGGGAUUGAGUAUAGACGCGGGUAUUAUCUUGCUGACGGAAUAUAUCCGUCUUGGGCUACAAUUGUCAAGACUAUUUCAUUUCCCGAGGACGAAAAAAGGAAAAAAUUCGCCAAGCAUCAAGAAGCUGCAAGAAAAGACAUCGAACGUUGUUUUGACGAAGGUCAGGCGAUUUGUGAGUAUGAUGAGAAUGCAUCUUACGGGAAUACUGUCCCGGUAGAUCCGACGCAACAGGAUUUAAACUCGUUCGCGCUAACCAACGACUACACGCAUGCAAACCUUCAACACGAUUUGGUAGAACAUAUAUGGAACAACGUAAACGUCGAGGACGGUGACGGUGAAGGAGACGAAGACCAGUAG